UGCCAAGCUCAGACAGAGGUGUUGCUGCUGUUCCUUCAGCCAGGCCAAUAUGGCAAAAAGAUUCAUAGCCAAAACACAACUACUUUGCAACCCAAUACAACGGCCACCACUGUCUCUGUAGGCUGUUCGAAAAUCGAGGAAAAGUUUGUUGUUAAGCCAAGUGGAACGGAGAUGCCAGGAUGCGACAAUGUCACGGACUCUUUCCCUGAUGUAACCCCAAACUGCAGCUUGCCGUCAAACUGCUCCAUUCCCUCAGACACAAGUCCAGCUCCAGUGAAUAAUCUAACAGUCGCGGGGAAGAGCAACAGCACUGUAACUCUAGUCUGGGAAAGUCCACCUUGCCCCUCCUCUGCCUGCAGAAUGAAUCCUGCCGACAGCUGGAAUAUGAACUGCACGGCACACUUGUACGGUCUGCGGCCUGGGCAGGAGUACACUGUUAUGAUGUACCGUAUCACAGAGGCUGGAGGGUGUAACUGGAGUACGCCUAUCAACGUAACUACCCGUCCCUCUCCAGUCUGGAACGUCACUGUACAAAAUCGGACAGUAGAUUCCCUGAAAAUUGCAUGGAUGCCACCUGAGAACAGCUCUGCCUACAGAUACAACAUCUGCCUAUCAAACAACACCUGGAAAUCGAACUGUUCUUCUUCCACUGAGAAUUCAUACACUGCAGGUGGCCUGGAAGCAGGAGCUCUGUACACAGUCAUUGUCUAUGCUGUCACCAGCAACAACGUUUCCAGCGUUGGGACUGUCCUUCCAGAUGUCAUCACACUUCCAAACAAGCCCAAGAAUAUAAAGGUGACAAAAUGCAGCACUCACAAUCUAACCAUUUCCUGGGAUCCCCCCAAAGACUCGAAUGCCUCAGACUAUUUGUAUAGAGUAUUUUGGGUCAGAGAUAACACCAUGGAUCCAGUGAAGAAUCAAAGCACCAGCGCAUCCAGCUAUACCAUCAAUGGACUUCUACCAGGGAGCAUCUACACUGUAAAGUUGGUCUCGGUCAUUAAUGAUGCUGAGAGUGCAACAGUAGAAAAUUGGAUUCUAACAAACCCGUUGCCCCCUCCUAAUUUCAGAGUCAACACUGUCAACCAGUCCGCGGUCAACUUGUUCUGGGGACUCCCAGACCCUGCGUUCAGUGGCUUUGGGCUCCAAGUGUGGAAGGGGCCCACCGAAAUUCUGGAAAACCAUACAUUUCCUAACAAUACUUCAACGUUUGUGUUAAACACACUUAGUCCAGGCACAAAGUAUAACUUCACCUUGUUCACUGUGGCUGAAGGACGAGGCCUGAGUACACACAGCACCAACGUUCUUCUAGAAGGAGCCACAAAGCCAGAGCCCGUAAGCAAUCUCAAAUGCUUCCCUGUGGGAGGAGGCUACCGCCUGAAGGUGUCAUGGACAUGUGGCACAGGUGGGGUCAGUCAGUACCUGGUCAUCGUCUCAGGCCGCGAUCCCGUGAAGUGGCUGAGCUGCGAAGACCCAGUGGAAGUGGGCAAUCUACAACCCGCACAGACCUAUUUGGUUCAGGUUGCAACUCUCUGGAACGAACUGCGGACAAAUUCCUCCCAAGUGAGAUGUGACACAGCCAGCGCAGGGGUCAUCGCUGGCGCCGUGUUUGGUCUGCUGAUUCUUCUGGUCCUUCUCGGCCUCCUGCUGUUCUAUUUUAGGAGAUGGCGGGAGAAGAUCUCAAAGAAGCCAAAAGCAAAUGUGGAACCACCUUGUGUUCUUGCCUCGGUGUCUGUAUCGGCUUUCCCAUGUUACUGCUGUGAGCACUUCUCUGACAGUGCUUUUGGAUUUGCCAAGGAAUACCAGCAGCUGCAAGACACAGGGACUGGACAGCCCCACACUGUGGCAGAAUAUCCUGAAAACCGAGAGAAGAACCGUUACAGCAACGUUCUGCCAUAUGACAGCUCUCGAGUCCUGCUCGGUCCCAGCAUCAGCGAUCCAAACUCAGAUUAUAUCAAUGCUAGCUAUAUUCCCGGCUACCAUAGGGAAAAGGAGUACAUUGCAACCCAAGGACCCUUGCCUGGCACACUUCAUGAUGUCUGGCGCAUGAUAUGGGAGCAACGAAUCACAACCUUGGUCAUGCUCACCAACUGCAUAGAAAAUGGACGGGUGAAAUGUGAACGGUAUUGGCCCUUGGACUACACGCCCUGCACCUACGAAGACAUCACUGUCUCAGUUGUCAUAGAAACCAUCCUCCCUGACUGGACCAUCCGGGACUUCAAUAUCAAGCGGAAGAAUGAAUGGGAGGUCCGCCUCGCCCGCCAUUACCACUACACAUCGUGGCCAGACCACGGGGUACCCUCGAACACAAGUGCCAUCCUUCACUUUCGAGACCUCGUGAGGAAGCACAUAGAACAGCAUACGGAGAGUGGUCCAGCUCUGGUUCACUGCAGCGCUGGUGUGGGCCGAACAGGAACAUUCAUUGCCUUGGACUCCUUGCUGAGCCAAGCCCAGAAAGAGGGGCAGAUUGGCGUCUACUCGUUUGUGCAGAGGAUGAGGAUGAACCGACCACUCAUGAUUCAAACCGAGUCCCAGUAUGUGUUCCUACAUCAGUGUCUCCUGGACAGGAUCCAGCCUCCUUCACAGGUCGACAGCGAGAAGAUGCAGAGCGCUGCUGUGUAUGAAAAUACUUUGGCUUUCCAAGACUAUGAGGUGUCCCGUCCCUUGCUCCUUAAUCUGCAAGAAAUGUUUCCGGAGAUUUCGACUUCUCACAUCAUCCUUAAGUAUGAGGAUGAGAACAUCCGCCUUUUAAACCAGCUUGACGAUGGCAGCACAAACACACCCACUUCUCUUUCCCACGUCUGCACUCCCAUUUCAAGACCGACAGCCGCCGCCUUCUCCGUCCCUGAGUCUCCCACGGGCAAAUCUAAUCCCUGCUCAGAUCUCAGCUGCAGGGAGGGGCGCCACCUGCUCGCAAUAAUUAUCUGCCUCUCCCCUGCCCGUUGGUUCCUUAUCCCUUUCAAGAAUCCUCCAGAUGUUGGACCUCAUGCUCGUGAGAACGGAUAA